ACAUAAUAACCAAUCCCAACUGCUCUCCCAGAGAGACACAUUAUCCACCUUUAUUAAAUUUGGGGGUUUUUCGUCUCUAACCUCGUAAGUACAAACCUUUGAAUUAGAAUCAUAUUCUAGGGUUUCUGAUAAUUUUGGAUAAAUUAGGGUUUUAUUUCUUCCCCGUUGAAGGAAAGAAUGCCACCAAGAACGGUCAAGAGAGGAGGAGGGCCGUCUGGGUCGAAGAGGUCGGCCAGAACGACGAGAGGGUCGGCUAAGCAACAGCCGGAAGUCGUGGAAGAGACGGUGAAAGAGGUGCCGAUCAGGGAAGAGGAAAAGCCGGUCGUUGAGUUUGAUAAUAAGCCGAUUCCUCUAGAGCCUGAAUCAAAAUCCAACGUCAACGUUUUGGCUCCUGCUGCGCAAAAAGAGGAUGAGGUGAAGGAGUCUGUAGAUGAGUAUGAAAAGGAUGAGCGUCUAGAGUUGGAUGAUAACGAAGCUGAGUAUGAACCUGAAGAGUAUGGUGGGGUAGAUUAUGAUGACAAGGAAAUAGAACAAGAGGAUGUUCAGGAGGUGGAAGAAGAAGAAGAAGAAGAAGAAGAGGAAGAACUGGAUGAGGAGAAUGUUGGUGAAGAGGAAGAGGGUGAUAUGGCAGAGGGGGAAAUGGAAGAUGUUCCUGAAGAACAUGAUGAGGGUGAAGAAGAUGAUGAACAUGCUGGCAAGGAGCCACAUCACCCAGAGAUGGUUGAUGCAGAGGAAGAGGAGCAUCACGAAUUAUUUAAGGAGAGGCGCAAACGUAAAGAGUUUGAAGUAUUUGUUGGUGGUUUAGACAAGGAUGUCAUUGAGGAUGAUCUAAAGAAAGUGUUUAGUCAGGUUGGUGAGGUCACUGAGGUGAGGCUGAUGAUGAACCCGCAAACAAAGAAGAACAAGGGUUUUGCAUUCUUGCGUUUUGCAACCGUGGAACAAGCAAAACGAGCUGUUACAGUUUUAAAAAACCCCACGAUAAAUGGGAAACAGUGUGGUGUUACUCCCAGUCAAGAUAGCGACACUCUCUUUCUGGGUAAUAUUUGUAAGACAUGGACAAAAGAAGCAUUGAAAGAGAAGCUGAAACAUUAUGGAGUUGAGAAUGUUGAAGAUUUGACUUUGGUAGAUGAUAGUAACAAUGAGGGAAUGAAUCGGGGUUUUGCCUUUCUAGAAUUUUCAUCUCGUUCUGAUGCCAUGGAUGCCUUUAAGCGCCUUCAAAAGAGAGAUGUUUUAUUUGGUGUUGAUAGACCUGCAAAGGUUUCUUUUGCUGAUUCCUUCAUUGACCCAGGCGACGAAAUAAUGGCACAGGUUAAGACUGUGUUUGUUGAUGGUCUGCCUGCAUCAUGGGAUGAAGACCGUGUUCGAGAGCUCCUAAAGAAAUAUGGGGAGAUUGACAAGGUUGAGCUUGCCCGAAACAUGCCAUCUGCUAAGAGGAAGGAUUUUGGUUUUGUUACAUUUGACAGUCACGAUGCUGCAGUCACAUGUGCAAAAAGCAUUAACAAUGCUGAAUUGGGUGAAGGAGACAACAAGGCCAAAGUUAGGGCCAGGUUAUCACGGCCUCUUCAGAGAGGUAAAGGCAAACAUGCUAGUCGUGGUGAUUUCCGGACUGGACGGGGGAUGGGAAGGGUUACAAGGGGAUCUUGGGGCCGUCCGACUCCACGUAGCUUACCUGGACGGAGUGUAAGAGGAAUUGGAAGUCGUCUCCCACCACCCAGUAUGAAGAGACCUGUUGGACUAAGGGAUAGGCGUCCUAUUAUGUCCAUGCCAACAAGACCAAGGCCCAUGCCACCACCUCCCCCAAGGUCCUAUGAUAGAAGAGCCCCUGUUCCUUCAUACCCAAAGAGUAGCUUUAAGAGAGAGUAUAGUCAGCGAGAUGAGGUUCCUCCAAGGAGCAGAGCUCCAGUAGAUUAUGGUUCCAGGGUCGUUGCAGACAGGCGACAAUCUUAUAGAGACGACUAUCCAUCUCGUGGCUCUGGCUAUUCUGACAUGCCUAGAAGUACAUCUCGUACUGCCACUAGGAGACCUUAUGUGGAUGAUGGCUAUGGUCAAAGGUUUGAAAGGCCUCCUCCAAGUUACCGUGAAGGGCGUGCUCGUGAUUAUGAUUCUGUUUCUGGGUCAAAACGUCCAUAUUCUUCAAUUGAUGAUGUUCCUCCACGUUAUGCUGAUGCUGGUGUCCGCCAUUCGAGGGCUCGUUUGGACUAUGACAUAGGUGGAGGUUCUUCUCAAUACGGGGAUGCAUAUGGUGAUAGAAUUGGGAGAUCUAAUUUAGGAUAUGGCAGCAGUAGAAGCUCUAUCUCCAAUCAGGAUUCACAUGGACUAUAUAGUAGUCGUCAGGGAAUGGGCUAUGGAGGAGGUUCUUUUAGUAGCAGUGAUGUCGGUGGAAUGUACUCAUCAAGCUAUGGUGGUGAUUAUAUGUCUCGUGGAUCUGAUCAGGUUGGUGGCAGCUCUUACUCAUCACUAUAUCCUAAUCGCGGUGUGGGUGGCAGCAGUUACAUGGGUAGCAGUGGUUCUGGAUCAUAUUAUUGAUUUAUCUCUUUCCGGAGAGAAAAUGGUUACUGAAGACUUUGGCAUCUCUCUAUUUGCCUAAGAGGUAUGAUGCAAGAGGAAAAUAAAAGGAGCCAUAUGGUUACAAGUGAAUUUUCUAUGGAACAGAUUUGACAUGACAAAGAGGGGCUGCUCUAGGAUGUGGACUAUAUGAAGCUUUGCAUUAUGAUGCCUACCGUUUUGGAGAGGAGCAUGUUGCUGAGCAUAGUAGCCUCUAUAUAUUUUAUUGGAAGAAGUUACCUAACUUAAAUGUUCUGUAAGUAGAGAAGGGUUGCACUGGUUUAAGCCAUUCGUGGUUCUACAGACUGGUUACUUUGUCAAGUGUUUAAGUUUAUGCUGUAAGGAAACUUCACUCAUUUAGAGAUGAAAACAAGAAGUGCUUAGUAUGUGAUAUGUAUGUUGCUUCUUUUA